GUGUUUCUGCAUCUCCGAGAACCACCUGCCAAAGACGGAAUGCAGAAUGCCGAACGCCUGUGUUGAAUUGGAUCUCCAUACCAGCAAGUCCUCCGUAUCCGACCUGCCAACCCGCCAUUCCGCCAAUCCGCCAACCCGCCCGACGUGUUAAACAGUUCCCUCUUCCCAUGUACCCGUUGCUAUGGUGCAUGGGGCCUUUUUCGAUGAGUAUAUGAUGAGUGUGAAGGGGUUAGAAGAGCCUCCUGCCAAGAAGAGGAGGUUCUCUCGAGAUGAUCCGAAGGAUGAGGGUGACCCGACUCCGUUCUGCCUGCAAAAGGCAUCGCAUCUUGCGGACCAGGCGGUCGACGAUGCUGCGAACCAAGCCCCGGCCGCGAACCCUCCCAGCGAACCUCCCAGCGAACAUCCUCCCUCGGUAACAACGUCAACAACUGCUACGCACGACCUUGCGGCGUUUGACGUAAAUGCCUUCCAGAGCUUCGUAGGAGGCACAGUCGACGCCGAGGCGCUGCGCAUCAUCGGCAGCAAGUGCGGAAAUAACCUAGAGCGAGCAGUUAAUAUGUACUUUGAUGGCACAUGGAAGAACUAUCGGCGCCGCACACCUUUUAAGAAUGCGGCCUCGCUUUUUGCCCUUCGCACUUCCCCCGCCGUUCCGACCGACCACGUCGACGAGCCUGACCCCCUCCCAGUACGGCCUGACCGGUCACAGUCUAUGCCUACGAGUCGAUACAUCGGUGCCUUUGGUGUGGAAGGGUGGGUCACCCGCAGCGGAAACAACUUGGUGAAGCAUGGAGAUACCGUCAAGAUCGAGCGCCAGAAAAUCCAACCGCCAACCUCGUCCCUCAAAACUAAGGGCAAGGCUGGCCCGGCGUCGGCCCCCCGAGGAAACUCGGCCGCAGCUAGGCGAGUCGAUGUUAUUGUGCGGUUCACCGAUGCUCGAGGCACCGAAAUCGGGAGAUUAGCUAAGGAUACCGCAAAUUGGGUGUCUUCGCUUAUGGAUCAGAAGGUCUGCAGGUUUGAAGGCAGCUGCGUGUAUGCCCCUGAAAGAUUGAGGACGAACGAUACCGUAUUCCUCCAGUUGCGGUGCUUUCUGUUGAGAACCGCCUUCCAGAAUACCGGAGCCGGGUUGUCGGACAACCGUUCCACUGGUUUUUUCGAAGAGAAGGAAACGGCAGAGGAACGGGGCCUACGGCUACGACAAGUCGCCCUCGUGCGAUUAUUCCAGGAAAUCAAUCUUACGCCGGCACGGAAGAACGCAGCAGCCGCCAGGAACGCCAGGCAGGGCCUUCUUGAUGCCGCCGAGAUGGCCGAGAAGAAGAACAAGGACGUCAAGUCUAGUAACCGUGAGACUCCAGGUUCCUCUCCGCCCCCAGAUGACGCCGAAGAUGGCCAAGAGCUUGAACAAGACCAACUGGAUGCUCUGUACCGAAAGGCCCAGUCGUUUGACUUUAAUACGCCCGAAGCCGAACCAGCUGAAACCUUUAACAUGGAUCUCCGCCCGUACCAGAAACAAUCGCUAUAUUGGAUGAUGGCAAAGGAGAAAGACCACAGGAGCGGGGACCGUGAAGCUUCCAUACACCCCCUUUGGGAAGAAUACAUUUGGCCGACGAAAGAUGUGGACGACCAAGAUAUCCCUCCAGUCGACGGCCAGGCUAGUUUCUACGUAAACCCGUACUCCGGUGAAAUGUCCUUGGACUUCCCCGUUCAAGAGCAACACUGCCUCGGCGGUAUCCUUGCCGACGAGAUGGGUUUAGGCAAGACAAUUCAAAUGCUGAGUCUCAUACACUCGCAUAAGUUCGAGCUAGCGACAGAGCGUACCCAUCCAUCUCUCGGCUCCGUGAACGAUCUACUACGACUUUCCUCAUCCGGUAGCUCUGGCAUUGUUUCUGCGCAUAAGACGUCUUUAGUUAUCGCACCGAUGUCGCUGCUUGCCCAAUGGCAGAGCGAAGCGGAAAACGCCUCCAAGGAGGGCACCCUGAGGUCUAUCGUCUAUUAUGGCAACGAGAAAGCCGACAACCUCCAGAUGCUAUGCUGCGAUGCCAAUUUCACGUCGGCUCCUGAUGUCGUCAUUACUAGCUACGGGGUGGUACUGUCGGAAUUCACUCAGAUAGCUUCGAAGAACGGGAAUAAAGACUCGCACCGUGGCUUAUUCUCACUCGACUUCUUCCGAAUCAUCCUCGACGAAGCUCACACGAUCAAGAAUCGCCAGUCGAAGACUGCGAAAGCCUGCUACGAGCUUUCGGCUAAACAUCGAUGGGUUCUGACGGGGACGCCCAUCGUGAAUCGCCUAGAAGACCUAUUCAGUUUGGUCAGGUUCCUCAGGGUUGAGCCGUGGAACAACUUUUCCUUCUGGAGGACGUUUAUCACGGUCCCAUUCGAGUCUAAGGACUUUAUGCGUGCUCUUGACGUGGUGCAGACAGUGCUAGAACCGUUGGUAAUGAGAAGAACGAAGGAUAUGAAAACGCCCGAUGGGCAAGCUCUUGUUGCCUUGCCCCCAAAGUCAAUUGAAAUCGUCGAGGUCGAACUCUCCAGAGCUGAACGCGAUGUGUAUGAUCACAUCUUCACUAGGGCCAAGCGCACUCUCUCCUCGAAUGUCGAGAGGGGCACGGUGAUGAAAGCGUUCACCACCAUCUUCGCCCAGAUCCUCCGUCUACGCCAGUCGUGCUGCCAUCCAAUCCUGGUCAGGAACCAAGAAGUGGUUACCGAUGAGGAAAUUGCCGGGGCAGAAGCCGACGCGGCAGCGGGUCUCGGUGACGACAUGGACCUUCAAUCUCUGAUCGAACGAUUCACGGCGACUACGGACGACGGGAGGGAUGCCAAUGCCUUUGGCGCCCACAUUCUCGCGCAAAUCCGAGACGAGGCCGUGAACGAAUGUCCCAUCUGCACAGAGGAACCCAUGAUCGACCAGACGGUCACCAGUUGCUGGCACUCCGCUUGCAAGAAGUGCCUCUUAGAUUACAUAAAGCAUAGGACCGAUCGCCAUCAAAUACCGAGAUGCGUCAACUGCCGCGAACCAAUAAACGCACGCGAUUUGUUCGAAGUGGUGCGGCACGAUGAUGAACCGGACGACGCAUUACACGCGGCACCGAGGAUCAGCCUGCAGCGAUUAGGAGUGAACGAGUCUUCAGCAAAGGUUGUGGCCUUGAUGAAACGGCUGCGCGAAUUGCGGAGGGAGCACCCGCGUAUGAAAUCGGUCGUCUUCAGCCAGUUCACCUCGUUCAUGUCGCUCAUAGAGCCGGCGUUAACCAAGGCUAAUAUGCGAUAUCUCCGGCUGGAUGGUUCUAGCAACCAGAAGGCCCGCGCCGCCAUUCUGAGCGAGUUUAGGGGGUCCAGCAAAUUCACCAUCCUGCUGAUAAGUUUGCGGGCUGGCGGUGUGGGACUGAACCUGACGCAGGCGAAGCGCGUCUUUAUGAUGGACCCAUGGUGGAGCUUCGCGGUCGAAGCCCAGGCCAUCGACCGCGUCCACAGGAUGGGCCAAGAGGACGUAGUCAAGGUCUACCGUUUUAUCACCAAGAACAGCGUCGAGGAGCGGAUGCUCAAGGUCCAGGAUAGAAAAAAGUUCAUUGCUACGUCGUUAGGGAUGAUGACAGACGAGGAGAAGCGGCUGCAGAGAAUCGAAGAUAUCAAGGAGCUAUUGAGCUAAGCUCGGUUGAGCCAAGCUAAAUCGACGCUGGGCAAAUUGCGCGGUUCGGACGUAGGUGGGACACAUGCACAUCCACCCUCGGCAUAUCAUCUCGUCGCCAUCGGGGCGGCGGUGGUGUUUGGAGAACUGCGGUGAACCACAGGAUACAUACAUCCAGGGAAAUGCAUGGGUUGCAUCGGACUUUUCUCUCUGUUCUCUCUCUGUCCCCCUCUCCUCUUUCGCAUUCGGCGGGCGGUAUUUAUUAGGUAGCCAUGCAUGGAGCUAUGAAGUCGACGUCGCAGAGCUGGUCAAGACGACUCGAGGAGAAAGGAGGGGGGUUGCAUAGCAUGAAGAUAUAGAGGAGAGGGGCUGCUCUAUUGCGACUCACUAACCUGUAUUCAUCUCGGUCGCUGCCACGUCAAUGGUUUUGCCAAUCCCUUCCUUCGACCUAAUCCCGAAUCCUUCGGCGAUCGCGUGGCAUCAUGGUUACAUGACUGCCUCGAACCACGCAAUACUGGGAGUAGUUAACCUCUUCGAGAUUAUAAGUAGAAGUUCGUUUCCCUCGCCGCUUUGAACGAUGC